AUGGGAUCAAGAAAAACAGCUUUAAUCAAGACACGACUCAUGAGAGCACUCAAGAGGAACAGAGAAAUGCCAGCAUGGAAACGAUCCAUGCCUGAGCACCGUGGAGAAUUCAACAGGUCCAGAAGACACUGGAAAUCCGGAAAACUCAAAAUUUAUUGA